GGGUGCUGGGAAGGGAGAGGGGCCGCGCGCGCCUCCGACUGCCGUUUUCUCCUCCCUUCCCGUCGCCCGGGGGAUGAGCCUCCGCGUCUGCCCGCCCCCAAUCCUGGGGCGGAGGCCUCGCGCAAAUUCGGGGCGCGGCGCGCCGGUGCAGGGUCUCGGCCGCAGCCGGCUCCUUCCCGCUCCGCCGCGGCCCCCGGAGCGGCCCCUCCAGCCCGCGGUUCCCACCGAGGCCCGAGGCGGGCUCGCCCCACAAGGAUGAACUGGACGGCCGCGACGUGCUGGGCUCUGCUGCUGGCCGCCACCUUCCUCUGCGACAUUGGCGCGGCCAAGGGCGGCCGUGGAGGGGCUCGCGGCAGCGCCCGGGGAGGGCUGCGCGGGGGCGCGCGCGGGACCCCGCGGGUGCGCGUGAGGCCGGCGCCCCGCUACGCGGGCUCCUCCCUGCGCGUGGCUGCGGCCGGGGCGGCGGCGGGGGCGGCGGCCGGCCUGGCGGCGGGUUCCGGCUGGAGAAGGGCCCCGGGCCCCGGGGAGCGCGGCCUGGAGGACGACGAGGACGCGGCACCAGGCGGCAACCGGACGGGCCAAGGCGUCUACAGCUACCGGGCGUGGACUUCGGGCGCGGGGCCCACCGGCGGCCCGCGCCUCUGCCUGCUGCUGGGCGGCGCCCUCGUUGCCCUGGGGCUCCUGCGGCCCUAGGCCUGGCCAGGCUCGGGGCCAGAUCCGGCCCCCAGCCCGCGCCCUCCCCGCAGGCCCCCCGCCCCGGAUCGGUCCCAGAGGCCGCCAGCGGCUGAGCGCCGCUUCCCACCGCUGCCGGCGGCCUCUGACCCAGAGACGCUGCCUGGGGGAUUCCAGCCAGCCCGGGCAGGAGCCGCGGCCUCUCCUAUGGGUGCCCACUGACGCCCCCGGUCCACCGCCCGGCCCAGGUCCCUCCCCAGCCUCCCCAUCCUACCGAAGGACCAGGGCCCUUCAGUCCCAGGAUGCCCCGCCUACCGCCUGGAUGCCAGGGUCUCCCCCCCCCCCCCACCCCCUCCACCGUCAGAAAAGCAGGUGCCAUCCCAUGCUUCCGGCAGCAUCCAGGCUGACGGCCCACCAUCUCUCCAGAGCUGCCCAAAGUGACGUGCAAGACCAGGCUGCUCAGGCCAUUCCGGCCCCCCUGAGGACCCUGUGGCCUCCCCCACAGAAGCAGCCAGAAUGGACCAAAGGAUUUGAGGACUUGGGGGGAGAGGUUUCCCUCCCAGGUUUUAGUGUGCCUACCACCUGUCGGGAAGAGGCCGUCUGCGGACUGGAGCCCAGGCGGGCCCAUCACUCUCUGGAGAAUCCCUGGAGCACCCCCUGCCACAGCAGCUGCCCCGGAGCCUGGCCAGCCCACCCUCAGGUCCAGAAGUGUGCCCCCUCACCAGGCAGACCCUCUCAAGGCCACUGCCAGGCGCCUCUUGGAGCCACUGUACUCUAACUUGAAACAAGUCACUUAACUCUUCUUGGGACCUGUUUGGGGGGGGGGGGGU